UUCAAGAAAUACAACACUGUUUAAAACUUCUCAGUCACUCCGUCGAACAUCGCGAAAUAACAUUUUAGGAAUGGCAGCAAUACUACCAGCGCUUAACCGGAUGCCUGAUGUAACCAAGUGACACGAUGGGUUCCCGCUUCUUCCGGGCCAGGCGUGUCUGCAAAGUACAGUGCCGGCACCUGUGCAUGUGCGCCGCUUUGGCCUCCUGUAUGUUGUACGCGACAUUUACUGCCUAUAUUCAAGAUACAGUUGGUGUGGAAUUCGACCCAAUAGAGGCAGAGGUUUCGUACCAUCUUCCAGCAAUCAAGAACGAGUCAAUGGACACAAGGUUGCGUCGUGUUUCUGAUGUUUGUGCUCGAACGGACGUACAGACUUUCAUCAAGACGGCCCCAUUCACUAUUGUGAAGAGAAUGUAUUUUAAUGUAACCCGCAUUUGCACCUGUAUCGUGCCGAAGGCGGCCAGCACAAACAUAAAACGAUUAUUGCUUUCCGUUGAAUAUCCAAAAAAAUCCAAACAAUUCCGAACAAUGCCCGGAAAUAUGAUCCAUGCGGCGAACUUUGAUGAAGGAUUAACGUGUUCCGAUGAAACCUCGUUUUCGUUCUUGAUUUCUCGAGAUCCGUAUCAGAGAUUGUGGUCCGCUUACGUGGACAAGGUCUUCCUCGAGAAAUUCGAUUCUCUCGCCAUCAUGCUGGACACAUUAUUCGUGAGAAAUAUUACAAAAAGCAGCAUUCAAAUUAACGGUACGGCACCUUCGCUCGUUGCGCAUGCGCGGAUGAACGGCUAUUUCUGCGAUGUCGGACAUGCGUCAUUUGAACAUUUCUUAAUGUACGUGACGAAAACGAAGUCGCUGGAUCCGCACAUAGCGCCGGUGUCUCUAAUGUGUAACCCUUGCAAGCAACCGGUGAAUUACAUCUUCCAGCAGGAGAACUUGAAAAACGAUGUAAAAUUUUUGUACAACUAUGUAAAGACAACUGUCGAUAACCAAACCGAUGUUCAGCUUAGUUUAAGAGACUAUGUGGGGGGAAACGGAAUCGAAAAUUUAGUUCAGACGUACCAGCAAGCUUGGAAAGCGCGGCUUAUCCAAAACCAGUGCAAGGUGAAUUCGGCGACCUACGCCUCCGUCUGGGGGCGCUUGUGGGAAGGUAUGAAAUACCUGGGAACCAUAGACGAGAAACUGAAGUUCAUGCCCGAGUUGUUUCAUGGGCGGGGAACCAUUUUGCAGUCCCCCGAAAGGAUCAUCAGGAAUUUCAAUUUGGAGAGCAACGCCGUUCGCGUCUUGUCCGCGGACGAACGGAUGAACCAACGUCGCAAAUACCUCGUGCAUGCUUACAGAAGUGUACGAAAAUCGGUACUGGAGAGGAUUCGGACAUUGUUUCAGCUGGAUUUUGAGAUGUUUGGUUACAGCACAGAACCGCCGAGAUGAAAGGUCAUCUCACCAUCAUCAUCGUCUGUAUUCCAAUCUGGGAGAUAGACCGCGGACCAGCUUCCUCCAGUCGUCUCGGUUCUGCGCGAGUCUCUUUAGCUCUCUGUACGUUUGCCUAUCUGCAAUGCAUCUUCAUCGAAUUCUCGGCACCAGGUGGUACUAGACCGCUAUCUCUUCCCCUUUAAUUGGGUGUUCCGGAUGAAAAAUUCCCUCGUCGUAUUGGGAGCUGGCUUGCGAAUGGUGUGGCUUUCCAUCGCUGACGUCUAUGAAGGAUGUCUUCUUUAACGGGCUUCAUAUUUGUUUGAUUUGAAAUGUUCGACCCUGUGUAUCUCGACGAAUGCAACCUCAGACCUAACCGUGUAUGUUCAACGCUGACUUUAGAACAUUGAGAUCUUGCUUUAUUGCUCUCACCCAGGAUAACUAAUACAGAAUAACGACGAUGGAUUAAUUAAGAAAAUAUAAGCUUCUAUGUAAGCAUUGUUCCUAAUUUUGUCUGUUUUAAUUUUCCAGUGCUCUACUUUAUUGAAAUAAACAUUGUGAUGAACAGUA